AUGUGGCCUUAUUCUUGUGAAACAUGUGGCAAAAGCUUUGGCCAACAGAGUAGUUUGUUGGUCCACAAAAGAAUUCACACAGGUGAGAAGCCUUAUUCUUGUGAAACAUGUGGCAAAAGAUUCAAUAAAAAGCGUAAUUUGUUGUGCCACGUGAGAACUCACACAGGCGAAAAGCCAUAUUCUUGUGAAACAUGUGGCAAAAGCUUUGGCCAUCAGAGUAGUUUGUUGGUCCACAAAAGAACUCACACAGGUGAGAAGCCUUAUUCUUGUGAAACAUGUGGCAAAAGAUUCAAUAAAAAGCGUAAUUUGUUGUGCCACGUGAGAACUCACACAGGCGAAAAGCCAUAUUCUUGUGAAACAUGUGGCAAAAGCUUUGGCCAACAGAGUACUUUGUUGGUCCACAAAAGAAUUCACACAGGUGAGAAGCCUUAUUCUUGUGAAACAUGUGGCAAAAGAUUCAAUCAACAGUGUGGUUUGUUGCGCCACGUGAGAACUCACACAGGUGAGAAGCCAUAUUGGUGUGAAACAUGUGGCAAAAGAUUCAAUCAACAGUGUGGUUUGUUGCGCCACGUGAGAACUCACACAGGUGAGAAGCCAUAUUGUUGUGAAACAUGUGGCGAAAGGUUCAGUCAAAAGCGUAAUUUGUUGCGCCACAUGAGAACUCACACAGGUGAGAAGCCAUAUUCUUGUGAAACAUGUGGCAAAAGCUUUGGCCGACAGAGUACUUUGUUGGUCCACAAAAGAAUUCACACAGGUGAGAAGCCUUAUUCUUGUGAAACAUGUGGCAAAAGGUUCAGUCAACGGUGUGAUUUUAAGAUCCACAUGAGAACUCACACAGGUGAGAAGCCUUAUUCUUGUGAAACAUGUGGCAAAAGGUUCAGUGAAAAGCGUAAUUUGUUGCGCCACGUGAGAACUCACACAGGUGAGAAGCCUUAUUCUUGUGAAACAUGUGGCAAAAGGUUCAGUCAACAGUGUGAUUUUAAGAUCCACAUGAGAACUCACACAGGUGAGAAGCCUUAUUCUUGUGAAACAUGUGGCAAAAGGUUCAGUGAAAAGCGUAAUUUGUUGCGCCACGUGAGAACUCACACAGGUGAGAAGCAGGUGAAAAGACACAUGGACUCGGAAUCAACUCCAAAUGCAAAGCUGAAAAAAUCAAGGUGUUUCAUGGAAACGGUGUGAACAAUUUUGAUGUUUCAGAGAAGCAGGCUGAAUAUGAAAAGCUUCUUUGUGAAGAAACGUGUGAGAAAACUGACCAUGAAAAACAUCAGUUAUGUCCAAAGGUCAGAGUGGUCACUGAUGAGAAGAUACUUUAUGAAAC